AGUCGGCGGUUAUCUUUCGUCAGGGUUGGUGCGCUCGCGCCCUCGGUGUGUAGAUGCUGUGACCAGCCUGCAUUAUCAAUUUUGCAAUGAGUGAUCGCGGCGACGGAGAUGGCCAGGCCACUGGCUCCACAGAGGCUGCUAAGCCUUGUCACGGCAACUGCUUCAAGCCGAAGAAGUCGGUAGAAAGCAAGUGCACCCGAGAGAUGCACUUCAAAAUGCCCAAAUAUCUCACCGACGCAUUUAAGACCAUGUUCAAAAUGCGCGGUGACGGUCUACUGACGGAUGUCAUUCUGGAACUCGAGAGUGAGGAGGUUCGGGCGCACAAACUCGUGCUGGCGGCGGCCAGUCCCUAUUUCAAGGCGAUGUUCACGAGUGGUCUGCGCGAGAGCUCGAUGAGCUCGAUCAAGCUGCAGGGCGUGUGCUCGUACACGUUCAGCCGGCUGCUGCUGUUUGCCUACACGGGCGAGAUCACGGUGAACGAGCAGACGGUGUGCGCGCUGCUGCCGGCCGCCACCAUGUUCCAGAUGCAGCACGUGAUUGAAGUGUGCUGCAACUUCCUCAAGAACCAGCUGGAGCCGAGCAACGCCAUCGGUAUCGCGACAUUCGCCGAGCAGCACGGCUGUAUGGAGCUGCUACACACGGCCACGCAGUUUAUCGAGCAGCAUUUUACACAGAUCGCCCAGGAGGAGGAGUUUCUGAUGCUGAACCCGUCUCAGCUCAUCAAGCUGAUCCACCGCGACGAGCUGAAUGUGUUUGACGAGCGGGACGUAUACAAGGCCGUGCUGCAGUGGGUCAUGUAUGACGAGAAGGCCCGGCGGCCCAAACUCGAGUGCAUCAUGAAGUCGGUGCGGUGCGAGCUGCUGCCGGCGCGCUACCUCAAGGACGAGCUGGAGAACCAGCCUCUGCUGCGCGGACACGACCCGUGCCGCGAGUACCUCGUCCGCCUGCUCAAAGAGAUGAGCCUACACAAGCCGACCGGCACCAAGGAGCGCACACCGAACGCGCCCUGCCUCAUAUAUGUGGCCGGCGGCUACUUCCGCUACAGCCUGGACAAGAUGGAGUGCUUCGCGCCGGCCGACCGGCACUGGCACGAGCUGGCGCCCCUGCCGGACGCCCGCUCGGGGCUCGGCGGCGCCUUCAUGGGCGGACUGCUCUACGUGGUCGGCGGACGGAAAAACAACACCACAGCGGCAGGCAGCAGAGACGAGGGACGCACUGCACACGUGCCAGGCGUUCAGGACACCAACCGGGUGGACGUCUACAACCCCAUCUGCAACACGUGGCGCACCUGCCCCGGUAUGAUGGUGGAGCGCAGUCGACUGGGCGUCGGCGUGCUGGACGGCUACCUGUACGCCGUCGGCGGGUCUAACGGGCAGGAGUGUCUCAGCAGCAUAGAGAGGUACUGUCCAGACCGGGAGUUCUGGGCGCAGCUGAGGCCGAUGGCCACCCCGCGCACCGGCCUCGGCGUGGCCGUGGUCAACCGUCUGAUGUACGCGCUGGGCGGCUACGACGGCUGCUGUCGGCUGCGCAGCGCCGAGUGCUACCACCCAGAGGAGGACAGCUGGACGCCCAUCCCGCCCAUGACGACCCCGCGCAGUGGCGUAGGUAUCGGCGUGAUCGACCGGUUCAUUUACGUGGUGGGCGGCUACGACGGCUCGCAGCAGCUGCGGACGGUGGAGCGGUACGACACGGAGGCGCGGACCUGGCGGAUGGUGACGCCCCUGCCGUCAGCAAAGUCGGCCCUCAGCGUCACCGUGGACGAGGGCAAACUCUACGCGUUCGGCGGGUUCGACGGCACUCAGUUCGUCAGCACGGUGGAAAUGUACGACCCGGCCCGAGACGCAUGGAGCGCCUGCGCGCCCAUGACCACGGCGCGCUCGGGCCACGUCUCGGCGGCGUCUGUGCGGCCUUGUUUCGCGCACACGGACCCCUCGUUACUGGACCGGCACCGUCGGCCCGACUGUGACCAGCUGCAGCAGCAGCCGCAGCCGCCGCGGUGACCCCGGCCCGCCGCCGACCCGAGCGAGCCGCGCGGCCGGCCGGCGUUGGACUGGAGGCGGCCGCCGGGCUCCGCGCGCCAUCUGUGAUACGGGCCGACUGAGGGCGCUGGCUGCCCUGUACGGGACGGACGGGAUGUGACGUGUGAGUGGUUGGUGCCCUGAGUGCGGGUCGCUGGUGCGGAGCGCGGCCGCUGGUCGGUGGCUGGUGAUAUACGGGUGUACCUGAGCAGUGGCGGCGCGGCCUGUGCAAUAGGUGGCGGCUGGCCGCACGGAGAGGAGGGACGGACCGGCCCUGGCGGCCACCGUUCUGCGGAUCGCUCGGAGCUCAGAGUGGUGGCGGUGAGACCUGCACACGAGUCGCACCGCCGCGCCGUGGCGGCGCCGGGAAGCUGAGGUGAUCUGGUCGGGGCUAUCUCGCGAGACCAGAGUGGCCGCUGCCAAAGCUUGUUCAGCUGUUUUCGGGGUGCAGUGCGGCACCGUGCGGGGCGAAGGUAUUUCAGCAGUGUCUAGGCCGAUUUUCGAUCGUGAUUGGUGGUGAAUUAUGAGAUGUUUAUAGUUGUUUCAUCCACUGGCGGGUAGCCCGGUCUACCCUGCCGUCGUGUGUGAUGGCCGCCGGGCGGCGCACUGUCUCGGUGCUUUCUUUACCUAGUUGGAGAGCGGUACCCUCACCUGCCGUUAGCGAAUCUACCGCGGGUAGACGCUGUGCAAAUGGCGCGUAUAUUCAGAAUCAAACGUUACCAGCGUGCCGCCACGGCCGCCGGGCUGUGUCCUGUUCUGUGCCAAAUCGGGUGGCACCGGUGGCCGGCGAGUGUGCCUGGGCCGGCCUGCUCAGCUGGUGGGGCCGCGCUGAUCAGCUGUGACGCCGCGGGUCGGCGGUGGACGGGGUCGGACCAAUCUCUGGAGUUAGCGUCGGUAAGGUGGCGCAGGCGUGUGCUGUGUGGGCGAUAUUCGGCCAUGUGACUUGUGUGUCUGCGUGUGAACAUUGUGUAUGACCGUAAUAUGUACGCACUUUUAUUAUAUGAGGGUCAGUGUUAUUUCUACACGUUAUGUCAUGACAA